AUGGUGUUCAAUCAAGAAGAAUACACACCUCAUGAAACUGUGAGACAGAUUCAAAACGAAGCAGAAGCAAUCCACCGGGUUUUCCACACUGACCUUUUCACAGGUCAACUCAAGCUUAAUACGGAUGGAUGCUCCAAAGCAUCCGGCGAAGGAGCUGAACUCUGGGGAAUUUAUCGAGGCCUCACCAUUAUCUUCGAGAAAAGCUUGCGUGAUGUCUUGAUUGAAUCUGAUGCAGCAACUGUGGUGUUCAACAUCAACAACCCCACAACCAUCAACUAUCCUCACCGAGCUCUCUUGGAGGAUAUCAAAUUCCUCAUGCACAGAUGCAACUGUAUAGUUAGCCACAUACCUCGUGAAGGCAAUCAAUUUGCAAAUGGUCUUGCAAAUAUGGGAGUGCAUCAUGGAGAAAACCUCAUAGUGCUAGAAGACCCACCCAAUGAUCUUGUUAGUCUGCUUGUUGCAGACAUUGUUGGUCUUUCUUGUGAGAGGGCUUAG